UGCGCAUGCGUGCGACAAUGAGCGACGAAAAGGGAUGGGAAAAGAGAAAGUGAGAAAGAUGAAAUCAGUAGCUUAGAUGUUUAGAGAGGUUUUAACACAAGUGUAUUUGAUCGUGAUAGUUGAGGUAGUGGGUGGUGGUGUGUGAUUUAAAACAGCGCCUUCUGCGAGUUCAUCAAUGUUUAAUUAUAUGUUAAAAGGACGUUUUGUCAAGGUGCAGUAUCGCCGCACAGUAGUCUUCCGGCCUUUGACACCGAUAGUAGAAGCUUGAAAAUCGAGCAGGAAGUGCAGCGCAUAUCAGUGAGCAUUGCACCUGGGAGUGGUGGAAGUUGUAGCACGGACUGGACUCGGAUACACACACAAAACAGAUCGUUUACUGCUCAAAGCGCAGCCUGGUUCCACAGACACGGAUUUAUACCGCAGGUGCAUUCAAGCAUGAAGCGCGUCUUGUGCACUGUUAGGUGCCGACGGUUGUGCGUGAGAGUACAUAGUGUACCCGUCAGUGUAUGAGGCCAUCACAAGACGACUUAUUGUGGGUGUGACAUGAAGAUGAGCUGGUGCUAUGGAUAAGGCUCGCCUUAAGGCCCAGAGCCUGUUAGACAAGCUACAUGUCAAGUACGGAAUGACACCCAAGAGUCCAGUACCUCUGGUACCAGAACCUGAACAUGCUGAGCAUGCAUUGCUGGACAAGGAGCCCGAAGACAGAGCCCAUGUCGGCGGGGAGAACUGGUACCUUGUGGACUCUCACAGUAGCAAGUUCCGUCUGCCGAAAACCAUGCUGUUCCUGGGCCGUGAGGAGUGUGACAUCAUCAUACAGUCUGGUACCGUUGACAAACGACAUGCUGUCAUAACGUUUGACCUUUAUCUCAACCGUUUUAAAGUCAAAGACUUGAGUACUACCAACGGAACCUACAUCAAUGAGAGCCGCAUACCAGAGCAGGAGUACGUAACCCUUAAUCACAUGGAUUCCAUUCGUCUGGGCUACGAUGCUAAGGUGUACCACAUCGAGCAGGGAGACAAGCAGAGUGAGGGAUCACCUUCACCCCCUCCACUACCCCUUCAUCCACCUCCACCCUUGCCGUCAAAGGCAGUGUCUUCUGUGGAGAUGGAGGUAGAGGGGACGGAAGUACCAGCUUGGGUCAAUUGGCACACCAGUCAGAUGGCAGAAUGCCAGCUGCAAUACUGUGGAUACUACCCUGGUACCAGCCGUAUAUGGUACCCAACACUGGGAUGUAUUGCAGAACAGAAGAUUGAGCACACAUGCACGGCAGGCCAUACUCAUCACUCCAAACUGCAGGAGCAUGGACAGGGUGCCUGUGUGAUGGCAUCAGACUCACACUGUGCCAUAGAACCUGAAGCUGGUCACAACCCAGAGCAAGAUCUUGAGGGACUCAAGCCACGGCUAGGCAGGAACACAUGGCCUCGGAAGAAAGUGCGUCAGUACACUCACGUGGUGUCAGUAUUUGACGAGGACUUAGAUACCCAGGGUCAGCCUGUGACUACAAGUGGCAGUAACACUUACUUUGUGUCAGCGGAUGAUUCAGUCACACCAGCGUGUGGCAGUAGAGGCAUGGACAGUCAUUCCUUUGAUGCUGGCAGUAUACAGCGAAUACCUCGUAACAGCAGGCUACCUCUGCCUCCAGAGUUGGAGACGGUGAAGAAAGGGACACCACUGUACGGGCAGCCGGCCUGGUGGGGAGAGGACACAGACUCCAGCGCGCGUGCAGCAGAUGAAAGCAUGGACCAACAGUCUUCAGGAGGUGGCAAGUCCCCCAGACCCAGCAGCCUCGGAUUAAGUCCUGAUGAUAACACCCAGUCUCCUGCUGCCAGUCAUCAUCUGUAUCGGCAUAGCAGCAAGCCUGCAGGUGUAUACAUGGAGAUCCCCCAUCACGUAACUUCCCCUGAACAAGAGAAGUCCUUGGUGAGGGAUAAGAAUACUCCAGCCCGCAGCCUGACGUCGUCAAUCUCCAAAGACAGUUUAGUUAUGACCCCAGACUCUAGCAGAGAAAGAUCGCUGGACAAGAACGGCGAGGCAAGUACGCUGUCUAGUGGGGGGAGCACUUCGGAGACGUCCACCAACCCGUCACUGUCCUUCACGGUGGAGUUUGGCGAUGAGAAGAAGCCCAAGCUGAACAUCGGGGGCAGUCUCAGUGAGUUUGUGCCUCCAAAGAUCCGCAGCAGCCUGGCGCAGCAUACUCGCUCCGAAAAGGUGCUUUCCGGCCGACCUCAAGCCAAGGAAACCUCUGCCAAGCCCUCGGAGGAGCGCGAACUGUCCCCCGGGCGACAGAAGAAGCUGGACGACUUGUGGACUUCAGAGACCGCCAAAGGACGCCCCGGACAGCGAUCCAGCGCGCAUGCAAUAGGUGUUCCUUCCUUGAAGUCGACUGACUUCAGCACUGAAGGUUCACCGGAGAAAAGUAAAGCAGAUGUGGAGAAGAGGACCAAAGAUGUAGACAAGGACAGAAAGGGCAAGUCGCAGAGCCAGGAUGGCCGCAAAACGUCGCCCUUGGCCCGAGUCAGCAAGACCAAGCCUCCAUCAGUAGCCGCUGCUAUUGUUGCUUCAGUACAGGUCGUGCAGUACAGCGACCCUACAGCGUACCUCUUGGAUAAAAUGUUUGCCGGCACCACCGGAGGUCCCGGGGCGCCCUCUGGCGGCAGACUUUCGCAGUCUUCUGACCACGAUCUCCGAGACUCGCCCGUCUCGCCUGAACACGUUUUGUAUCGCGAGGCAGCAGAGUACGACCGUGCCAGCCAGCGAGGCAGCGCCACCUACAGAGUUACGGAAAAGCCCCCUCACCCUUCUCGACCUCCUAAGACCGCAAGCAAACCAACGACAGCCCGGUCAGAAAAAACAAUAGAAAAAGCUGCUCUCAGUCUGCCGAGGGCUUCGUUGGGUGUUCCAGCUGUGGAGGCAGAUAACGAGGACAAAGUGAGCGAGGCUGGGACCUACACCAUCGAGGCGGACAGAGAUGACGCCGAGGAGAUGAUGGCCAGACAACAGAUCGAUGAAGUGUUUGGUGUGGAUGUUGAGAACUUCUCCUUCGAGCGGCCGGUUAUUGGGAGUUUCGAACAGCUCCAUCUAGCGGACAGAGAAGGAGAAGAACUGCAGCAAGAUGAUGACGGUGAGGGGAGUCGGACACCGUGUGAGGAGACCACCCCGGACCUGCGGGAGGAGAUGGGAGAAGCAUCAAUGUCAUCACCAGGGGAAGACAAAGACGUGCCUGCCUGGAUUUCACAGCUAACAGCACUGGCUGCAAGUCACAAGACUGCAGUUACCAGAACAUCAUAUAAGAGUGGUGUCGAUAAUAUGGAAGAUAAUACAGACAAAAAGCCUCUGAUGGAUGGGAUGACCCGUAAGCGACCAGGAACUGGUCGUAAGCUGCCUUCCCUCCCAACUGACCGGAGCCCUGUCAGUAGUGAACAUUCCACAUCUCACACAGACAACAGUCCGGAAACUGCUUCAAGCGUUCAUCUGAAAAGCAGCCCUUUGGUACAGUUGGAGCACAGCCUCAAUGGGUUUGAUCUCACUGCUGCUAAGGUCUUGAAACAGUCCUACAUACCGAGCAAGACAAAGCAAGAAGGAAAUGGAAGUCCCCUAGAGUCAAAGUCUUCCACUCGAGAUGCUGGUCACUCACUGCUGACAAAUGGCACUCGCAGCAGCAUAGACACUGAGCUGCUGUUACGAGACACAGAGACAGUCAUGGCAGCCAUGGAAGCCAGAAUGGGUUUUCAGGACGGGAGAAGGCAAGAUGAUUUAGGAUCUGAUACUGACCUUUCAAGUACGGUGGCCUUAGUCAAUGGUGAUGAGGAUUAUGUUAAACCUACAAAAUACCACAGCCCUCGGGAGAAUUUAACACGCAAGUCCAGCAAAGACAAAGAAAACUCUAACGUCAAGCUAGCUGCUAAAAAAUCUCUUGCACGUUCAUUCUCUGAUCAAAAAUCAGAGUCUGUGGAGACAGCUGGUAGCAGCAGGUGGAGUGGCACAAGCAUCUCCAUGGUAUCAGAUAUUUUAAGCCGUACAGACAGUUUAGAUGAGAGCUUCCAGUCAGAAGCUAGUUCUGAUCGUGGUGAUUCUAGCUUCUCACGGUCAGGUUCCAAAGGAAAAGGCACCAUCACCAUGACUAAACCUAAUAGGGCAUUUGCACUUCGCAGGGCACGAGCAGAUGGGUCAGAAGCAACAGAGACACCACGUAGCAACCGAACAUCAUCCUCUGCAGCAUCCUCUACCUCCUCAUCCCGCCGAUCUUCCAGUGUUACUAGUACUGGGCGAACACCACAUUCAGAUCGACAACCAUCAAGCCGAACCGAAGCCAGUCUGGGAGCACAGAUUGUGAGAAAGGCACGAGAGAACAUCCCACCAGCCAAGCGGGACUCUUCUUCAAAUCGGAAGGAUAGUCGUCGAAACAGUCUGAGGGGCUCCCAUGGUACCCUUGCAACAUCUGUUCCAUCUGUAGCCACACCCACAAAGAAAGACCGUGACCUGAAGAUGCUGAAAAGCCAUCUUAAGACUGGCCCUAGCAGCAAAGACCUCACAAUCACUGGAAUAAACAGUCACAGCCAGUCACAGCCAGGCAGUCGGUCUGGCUCCCCAAAAGCUGCAGAGAGGCUGGCAUGGAAACGACGGAAAGAAUAUGAUCCCCGCAGGGCUGUGGCUGAGGCCAAGGCCAAGGCCAAGGAUGGUCAUCCCCAGUCUAAGCCCAAGCCAAAAGUGCAGCCUGCAUUAUACAAACAGAGGAUGAUUCGUUCUGCUUCCUUCACCAACUCUGUGGAGCUGUCAGGACGGGUGCGACAUGAAACAUAUAGUGUUGACUCUACUUCCAGCGCUGAAGAUCUCAGUUCAGCAGCCACUGCACCCGAGUCAUGCCGUGAUGCUGGGUUCCGCAGGGCUUUCAUCCCAUUCCAUAACCCUCUGCGUGGGGAUCGUCUCUCCCACAGUGCAGAUGAAGAUGAGGCUGGCCCCUUCCCUAUGUCACAGGACGUUGGUGCCAGCAAGUCGGUGUCGGUGUCCAUGACUCUUAUGUUGCACAAGUCAGCAUUCACCCCACCCUUGUCUAAACUCCACACCCCCUCUCCUGAUACCCCUCCUCCAUAUUCUUCCACAAAUCUGCUGCGCCGGCGCACCUUUGGGGCAGUGGAUUACGAGGAUAUAGGAGGCAGUACCUGUGGGGCCAGUUCUCACAGAACACAAGCCAACAGCCCUCAGUCGUACGACUCCCUGAUAGUAUCGUCUGUAUAUCAGCUUUCACUCAAACUCAAGACCUCAACAGACAAGAUGCUCAGGAAACUCAGGGAACAAGACCGUUGCAGCAUCACUCCAUCUCCUACAGAUGACUUUUUGGGCCACUCUUCAAAAGGUGAAAUCCCUGCAUGGAAAUCAGCUAAUCAAGAACUAGCUGGGGUGCUCAAAAACCUCCGCAAGAUUGAGCACCAUCUUCAAGUGAUUGAUCGUACAUUGUUCCAAGAUGAGGAUACAGACACGGAUAUAUCUGGCAUGUCUGCUCGUGAAAAGCAGAAAUAUUUCCAGGAGAUUGAGCGCAUUCGGAGUGAACUGGCAGGUUUCCAGCCCAUUGACACACCCAGAACAGAGUCGCUGGACCCAGGCUCACCAGAAAUGGCUGAGAUCACUCAGGAUCUUUGUUAGUGUUUAAUGUGUAAACAUGGCCAUGGAACAAGGUGAUAGGGAUUCCUAAGGGUGUUUAGGGAUAACAGUGUAAUGCAGCCAUUGCUGUUACACUAGGUCCAAGCUGGUGUUUGUCUAACCCUGUCUUUGCUGAAAAUGUACAAGGCUUCUAUACCCAUUAGUUUAUGUGUGGUAAACUUCAUCAAAUGGGUCUUGGUGUACAGCGCUUUCAAAAUCAAGAUUGCUGACUGUGGUGGUGAUUGGUGACUGCCAUUACUUUAUCUCAAAUGGGAGCUGUGGAAUAGUGAUGGUUUGCUUCAUAUCCUUUCCAAUCAUAAAAGCAUCCACAUAUUUAGUAGACCAUUUGGAUAGUCGGUAAUUUUAAAAUACAGGCAGGGAAGGAUGUUUAUGCAGUCUAGCUUAAAGGCAAAGCAGGAAUCUUUCAGACACUCCCAGACCUCAGAAUCAGCAAGUGUCUUAGAGGUCUCACACUAUCAGUACCUUCAAGGUGACAUAAGCCAACCUGUUUAGCUGUGGCCUCUUAAGCUCACUUCUUGGCAAAUUUGAGGUCUAGCAGCAGUUCAGUGGACAUCACUUUUUCUAUUCCUCUUUAUAUGUUGCUUGCAGAGUUUGCAUUUUGUGAUCGGCCACUGCCUGCUGGAAAUCAUCUGUGGCCAGUCAACUAGUCUCAAAUUGAUCUUCAUUUACAUUUGUCUUUGAUUACAUUGAGAAUUUAGUGAAGUGACAAACCAAAUUAUCACUUAGGAACAAAAUGGGAAACAGAUGGAAAUGCCUGUAGUGCACUGUGCAAUCUAGUGACUCCAGUCCUAGUAAAUGAUCAUUAUUAUUGUGCUAUUUCUGUGAUAUGCCUGCAUGGUGGUGCUUGUACCUCAAGCUCCUGAAACUCCACAGCUUGCUGUGGUGGACAGCUGCUUGCAAAUGUGUAUGCUUACAAGCUGUGAUAACAGUUGUUAUUGUGAAAGUGACUUGCUGCUUUUAAUGUAUACUUGCCUGUCAGUAGUGUUUUGUAAAUACUUGUGUAAUGUGCAGCAUCCACAGCAAGUUAGAAAGCUUGUUGUCUCCACAUUUCUCCCUGAUCUCCUCCCAACCCCACCCCAAUCCAAGACCAUGUAAGCAAAAUCAGGCUCCUACACAGUCAAUAUCAUUUGAUCUCAGCCUGUCUUGUAGAAAUAGACUAUACACGAAAAGGUUAGAUUAAGUCAUCCCAGGUUAGUGCAAGAUUUACUGCUAUAUGUGAUUGUAGGUUUUUAAAAUUCACUUUUGCAUUUAUUUAAAAACUAAGCAUGUGGUCUGAAGCAUUCAUUCCAAGAUCAUUAAACAAGCUUUUCAACAUA